AUGGGAUCUCUUCGAGAAGGCAAGACACCCGAAGAGAAGGAUGAAUACAUUGCCGGGCUGAAACAAAUCAUCAACGACAUGCGACGCGACAAGGUGAAAGAUUUUAACACAGUGGCCACGGAAAUAGCCGCAUACCGUAGACGCUUUCUCCAAGACCCUUCGCGGGUACUUCCGUUGUAA